UCUCUCUCUCUCACACUCUCACUCUAUCAGACAGUCGAAUCUCUCCUGCCAUUGAAUCUCUCGCUCCAUUGAAACCAGAGGAAGCUAGGUUGGAAAAACCAGGACACAGUCCACUUUUUGAUUAUGACUACUGGUAUCAACCACGACAUACCACCAUGAUCAGUACAUCUCUGGUGGUUCCAUGGGCAUUCAUAAAGCGCUUCAAACCUUAGCAUGUAUCUGAUGGUCUGUAUGGAAGACAAAUAUAUGUCUACAGCUGGCCUGGAGGGGAACUUAAACAAACACUUGAUAUCGAUUAGGUUCCUUCAUGAACCUUCAAGAGAUAUAGGGUAUGUUGGCUGCGCACUGUCUAGCACCAUAAUGAGGUUUUCUAAGAAUCCCGAUGAUUCAUGGAGCCAUGAGGUGUGUAUAUAGUCUCCAUCUUAUAUUUCCUUUUAGCAUGAAACUCGGUAAGGCUUGAUAAACGUUAUGAUGCCAUGCUGCAGAAAUUGGGUGUUAUUCAGGAGGAAUACCGGAGAAGGACUGGUUAACACAAAACUGGAGGCUAUGUUAGUCGGUAACGAAUGUUCUAAGGUUUUUGAUUGCUAUACCAUUGGGCACUCCUCUGGCUAAGGUAUAUUUUACUCGACUCAUAUGCCAGAUGCUCCUUGGCUAUUUCCGCUGUAUGGUUAAUGGAAAUUUUAUUUCAUUAUUCACAUUUUCACAUAUAAUUCAAUGAUAAUAAAAGAACCGUAAUACGUGUGUAUUACUGUUGUUUCUUUUAUAUCCCCUUGGCAACAUUACAGGUUUUGCUCAGUAAUGGCUACAUGUUGGAGGAGAACGCUCCAAAAUUCUCGCUUUCCAUCCAACUUCAGCAAAUUCGCAUAGUGGCAUCCUGAUGGCAGAAAACGGAGCUUGAAUCGUGGCCAGCUUUGCUCGAUGCAGUUCAGAAACAAUAUGAGAAGAAUGCUGGAAAGCUUAGAAGAACUUAUUUAAGACUUACAGCGUUGGGAAUUUAAGAUGCGUCUUCAGCUUCUUCUUGCUUUCCAUGGCCAGAUUGAUUUUGGUAUUUACUUAAAGUUAGAUCCAAGUCCUUUGUUGUUGGAAAAUCUGAAGAUUUUGUACAACAUUUUCGGCUAUUAUAUGCAAUUCUUGCCAUUGCAAGUUUUCCCUCUACAGUGAUUUACGGGUAAUGGGAGAUGCUGAGUCUUUUUUCUCAAAAAUCAAAUAAUCUUACAAUUAUUAAUUGUAUUUCAGGGUUAAUGAACAUAUAGAAACUCAUAUAAAAAACAUUGCGGGUGAGUUGAAAGAACAUUUGAAGCUGUUGAUUUGAAACUAUAGAGUUGAAUCCAACUUGCUGAACUAGAAGUCGUCAAGAGCCAACGACGUGGUGCUGAAUCUGCUGAAAACAUUCUGGCUGCUAUUUUAUGUUUGAGAGUGUUUGUGUUUCGGAAGGCUUGAAAAUGCUACUGACGUAGAUGUUUAAAGUCUUAUGUGAAUCUGGUGCAGGGCGACUUGAAAUACAAGAGAUACGGUGGACUGUCAACUGGAGACUUACAAAUGACAGGCAUGUCCCUACUACAGUACAGUGAACCCAUGGAAAGCUCUUCAUCCAUGUAGAGAGAGACAACUUCCAUUUUUUAAGGUGUGAUAACAUAGGACCUACCUUGUCAUGUACAGUAUUCGUCUGAUUUCUCCCCGUUCCAGCAAAUCGUUGGAGCAGACGCAUAAUCUUUCAGGAGGUAUCUCCUCAUCUGAGAGAUAAUGUAUAUGCUACAAUGGUUUAUUGGAAUUUAACUAUGUCAAAUAUAAAAGUAUGUGAUGUGAAGGAGAUUGAAAGGCGUGGAAUUUAACCAAGUGAUGGAGCAAAAUUAAAACUGAAAAACGGUAGAAGAAACUGAAAAAUCACCAAACUGUAUAUCUUUCAUCAUCAACAAAAAGAAGCGAAGAAAAAGCUAAUCAAGUUUCAUUUCGUUUCACUGAAGAUUUCAAUUUGAACAGGUUGAGAAAACAUAAUGUUUAGGAGAUCAACAAGGAUAAAAAAUCAGAAUCAAGAUGAAAAGGAAACGCGAGAGAUUAAGCAAGCUAAAGAACCAAAACGAAAUGCGAAGAACAAGAAGAUAAUUGAAGAAGAGGCAACAAGAAAGAGGAAGAACAUGAAUACAAAUGGAGAACAACAACGAAAGGUGAAACACAAAAAGAAAGUUGAGGAAGAACCAGAACAAUCAGAAUCAGAAUCCGAAGAAGGGAAAGAAGAAUCAGAUGAUCAAGAGUCGGAAGAAGAGGAAGAUAAAUCUGAAAAAGAAGCAGAAAAGGGCAAACCGAAGAAAGUCGUCAAAGGCGUGUCAAGGGCGAAAGAAAACAAAUUCAAAGCAGAACCACAACGAAAGGUGAAAAACAAGAAGGUAGUUGAGGAAGAAUCAGAAGAAUCGGAAUCAGAAUCGAUGAAGAAGAGCAAGAACAAUCAGAUGAAGAGAAUCAAGGAUCAGAAGAAGAGGAAGUAGCAGAAGAGGGCAAACCAGAGAGAGAGCUCAAAAGUAAAAACAUUGACUUGAAUACUUGUGCUGGUAUAUGAAAUAUGUUGUUUAAAAAUCGAAAAUGAAAAACGAUUUGAGUUUCAUGUAUGCAGGCAAGUCAAGAGCAAAAGAAAAGAAAUUCAAAGCAGGUCUCCAACCAUUGGUUGAAAUGGGGAAUUUUUUAUGCAAACUGUUUGAAGUAGAAGAUGCAAAUAACAAGAAGAAACCGCUACUUGCUCAAGCACUGAAGGAAUCUCCAUUCUGGGACUUAAUCAACCCAUUGUACGUAACAGAAAUAAGUGGACUUAUGAAUGAUAAAUGGUUGAAGAAGAUUAAUCUUGCAAUGCAGCUGCUGAUGAAUGCAAUUAAUAAAGAAACCAAAAAGUUCAAAUUUGGAAAAUCCGAAGAGUGCUCUCUAGAAGUAAGAGAUUUCGCUUUGAUAUUCAAAUGAGAAGACUGAUAGAGAGUGAAGAUUUGAAGCAGCAACUGAAACCGAAGAAAGGACUUGACUACAACGAAUUCUUAAAUAAAAAGUUCAGACCAGAAAGGCCAGCAGAUUGUUCAGCCGCAAUAUUGAAGAAUGAAGUUGUAAGCAAACUGAAAAGGGCAACAGAAGAUGAGUCUGAUCCGGUGCAUUUUGUGAGACUUUUCGCUAUGUGGUUAUGUACUGUUUUCUUAUUCCCAAAUGCUGGAAUGACAAGCUUUCCAAAGAAAUUGUUGCCUCAUAUCUUACUGAUGGACAAAGUGUCAUGGCCAGAUCACGUUGUGGAAUAUUUGAUUUCAAACUUGGAAAAAAAGAAAGCGGAACAAUUAACUAUCGCUAGAUGCACAACUCUCCUAGUGUGUUGGUUCUGUGAACAUACCGAUAAGUACAUCGGCAAAAGGGAGAAUUUUGAAAAUGCAACUCCGAGAUUCCUGCGAUGGAACCAGCACACAUUGUGCAAGAAGCUUGUAACUGAUUUUGGCAACAAGAUCAAAAAGAAGGAAAUCGAUAUGACUUGGUUCGACCGUCAGAUUCAUCAAGACUUUGUUGAUCCAGUGUUUGCUAAGGAGAACUAUUUAAUUGACCUAUCGACACCUGCAAGAGAACUGGAAGAAGAGAGGCAUAAGAUAAAGGAACUAGAGGAAGAAAACCUGCUUCUUGAAUGUGACAAGCACGAAAUUCAUUACAUGGGAAAGGCUCAAAUUAAACUGUUUGUCCACAUCACGAUAUUCUUGAGAGAGAUGUAUGAGAGGAACAAAGACAAACUACAGUUGCAAGCUGGAGAACCGGAGCGACUUGCUGAGAUUGACAAGAACAUAAAGGAAUGUCAGGAAGAGGAAAGUAUUUUUCAUGAAUCAAUGAAAACAAAUAAACCAGAGUAUACAGGGAAGGAAUUUGAAGAUUUGGAUAAUGUGUUCAGACAAACACAAGAAGGAGAAUCUUCUGGAAAAGUAAAUCAACAUGAAAUGAACUCUGCGGAGAAUGAUCAACCAACAGAUGGGAAUGAAACGAGAGUAAACAUGGAAGUCGAAGAUUCAGUGGCUGUGAACAAUGAAGACACUCAAGAAAUGAACGAGUCAUUGGGAACUCAAGAUGGAACUCCAAGUACUUUGGGAACUCAAGAUACUUUGGGAACUCAAGAAAAGAGUUGGCGGAAGGGUUUUGAAACUGGAAUGAAGUUGCCGGAAGAACCGAAAAGUGGCAAAUCUUUGGAGAAUUGGAGGGACGGCUUUCAUGCAGGAAGAAAAAUAAGGGAAGUUGAUGAUUUAGAACUCAAUACUGUGGUCGAAAACAUUGCAGAUCUCGAUUCUGUGGUAGAAAACAUUGCAAUAUCUGCUGGAAUAGUAGAAGAGAAAGAUGACAUAUAAAUGGAACAGAAGAGUCCUUCUGCUGGAAUAGUAGAAGAGAAAGAUGACUUACAAAUGGAAGAGAAGAGUCCGUCUGUUGAAAAAAAUGAUGAGAAGAACAAUGAUGACAUACAAAUGGAAGUGGUUAUGUUUGACACUCCUCCAAUUACAACAAUAAAACCUGAUGAAUCUGGGUAUGUGAAUACAAGUACCACGUCGAGUUUCUGUGCAAUAAUGGAUGAGGUAGAUCAUAAAGAAACACAACAAACGGAAGAGGUUGAAGAGCAAACUGAAGAGGUUGACACUACAUCAGGAGAUGCAAUAUGCGAAGGGUUGAAGCAAUUGUAUAAUUUGGAUGCAGUUGAAGAGCAAACUGAAGAGGAAACCGAAUCGGAGGAACAAUCCAAUGAUACAAAAGCAUCAGAAAGACAACAACAACAGGCCAGUUCUCUUGUCAAACGGGUGAAGAAGGGAGAAAGGCCAAAGAGAAAGACGUAUAAACUUCAAAGUCAAACACCUCCUAAGCGUAAAAGGGCGCAAAGGAAAGGUGGAAAAGGAAAAGAGAAGAAGCAGGAGGAGCAACGGGAAAUAAUUGACCUCGACAAUCACAUUGACGUCACACCACCCGAACCCAAAAAACUGAAAAAACCACAAAAACUAAAAUUGUGGAAAUCAUGCAGUGAGAACGAAGAAAAACUCAUCCAGCCAUUCUUUGAGAAUGCAACUGAAUGGUAUAUUAUUCACCUCAGAUCACAUAGUUUUUUUUUUUGGGUUAUGCUAGUUCUCUUUAGUAACAUAUUCACUUGUUUUUUUUUCUUGUUGUUUAAAAUGCAACGACAAAGCUUAUAGUUUUUAUUUCUGCAAUCUUGAUUUGGAAGUAAUCAUCAAUGGAAA